CAUCUGGUAGCCAUUUUGAGUUCCAGCCUGGAGAUAUCUAUGGCUUCUAAAGUAGGCUACUCUCUUCUUUUACAUAGACGCUAGAUGGUGACAUCUGGAUGAGAUGUUUGCAGUUGCUUUCUUUGGCUUAUCUUUGAUAGCAUGGCACCCUGGGGUAACCGCACAAGAGAAGGUGAACCAGCGGGCCACCCGAGCUGUGACCCCAGAAGCAGUUGCCUGUCAGUUGAGCAACUGGUCAGAAUGGACAGAUUGUUUUCCAUGUCAGGACAAAAAGUAUCGACACCGGAGUCUCUUGCAGCCAAGCAAGUUCGGAGGAACCAUCUGCAGUGGUGAUAUCUGGGAUGAGGCCAGCUGUUACAGCCCCACACCUUGUCUAAGGCAAGCACAGUGUGGACAGGAUUUCCAGUGUAGAGAGACAGGUCGCUGCCUGAAACGCCACCUGGUAUGUAAUGGAGAUAAGGACUGCCUCGAUGGCUCUGAUGAGGAUGACUGUGAUGAUGCCAGAGUCACUGAGGAUGAUUGCCAACAGUAUGAACCAAUCCCAGGAUCAGAAAGGGCAGCCUUGGGGUACAAUAUCCUGACUCAACAAGAAGCCCAGAGUGUGUAUGAUGCUAAGUAUUAUGGGGGCCAGUGUGAAACUGUGUACAAUGGAGACUGGAGAAGGCUGCAGUAUGACCCCACCUGUGAGCGGCUUUACUAUGGGGACGAUGACAAAUACUUUCGGAAGCCCUACAACUUCCUUAAGUACCACUUUGAAGCCCUGGCAGAUACUUUAAUCUCCUCAGAAUUUUAUGAUGAUGCAAAUGAUCUUUUUUCUAAAAUAAAGAAGGACAAGUCCCAGUCAAAUAGCAUAAGCUUUGGCAUAGGCCCAAUAAAAAAUAUCACAGUAGAGGCGGCUGUAUCCUGGUCCGAUGCAUCUUCAUUCCUGAAGGAGUUAAGCAAGUAUAAUGAGAAGAAAUACAGCUUCAUGAGAGUGUCUACAAAGGUACAGACUGCACAUUUUAAGAUGAGGAGGAACAAUAUUGUGCUGGAUGAAGGAAUGCUGCAGUCCUUAAUGGAGCUCCCAGACCAGUUUAACUAUGGCAUGUAUGCCAAGUUCAUCAAUGACUACGGCACCCACUACAUCACCUCUGGAACCAUGGGUGGCAUUUAUGAAUAUGUUCUAGUGCUUGACAAAGAGAAAAUGGGAAUUUAUGGUGUUACCGUGGAAGAAGUCAAAAAAUGCAUUGGAGGUGGCAUUGGCCUGAAGUUUGAGGAUAACUUAAAUGUCAAAGGAGAUUUAUCAGGAGGGUCUUGUGACGAGUCUGGAGAUGGCAACAUUGACAAAAGGAAGAAGGACUUGGGAGUAAAGGACAUCAUUUCCCGGGUGCAAGGUGGAAGUCCUGGCUGGGGUACUGGCUUGACACACAACAGCAGUGCCAUUACAUACCGGUCCUGGGGGAGAUCAUUAAAGUAUAACCCUGUUGUUAUCGAUUUUGAGAUGCAGCCCAUCUAUCAGCUACUGCGGCACACAAACCUGGGGCCUCUGGAGGCUAAACGUCAGAACCUGCGCAGGGCUUUGGACCAGUACCUGACGGAAUUUAAUGCCUGUCGCUGCGGACCCUGCUUCAACAAUGGGGAACCCAUACUCGAGGGCACCACCUGCCGGUGUCAGUGUAGCAUGGGCCGACAGGGCCCUGCCUGUGAGCGCAGGGUGAUAGAGGAGAUGGAGGUGAUGGAGGGAGCCAAAGCUGAUGGCCGCUGGAGCUGCUGGAGUUCCUGGUCAGAGUGCAGAGGAGGUUCCCAGGAGAUGAGGAGACAGUGCAAUAACCCAGCACCCCAGAAUGGAGGCGCCCCAUGCCGAGGGAAGAGCCUGCAGACCAGGGCCUGCUGAAUACAUCUGGAUGCAAACUGGGAAGGAGGCUGUAGAUGCUGCUACCUGGCCCAGCUGCUGCUUAGGACUGAUUGCUGCUCUGAGUAAAUGCAAACCCACAAAGGCUAUUCUCUUCAUACAUAUUUUUUUCUAGUAACAACCUCAUACUACUCAGCCUCUAUCAAUAACCUGGCUCCAAAGCUGCCUCCUUGUUCCAGGGAGUUGUUACCUGGAACACCUUUACCUCCCAGAACCACCUUUCUAUCUUCUUCUAUUCAGGGAUGCUUAACAAUAAACUGGCUGUGGUUUAGAUACAUCAGAGAACAUUCCUCACAAUUCUGGAGGCAUAAACUGAGAGAUGAAGGUUCCAGCGGGUCUAGGGUCUUGAGAGGCUGUGUUCCAUUUUAUAUAUGUCCCUUUGUUGUGUUGUCACAUGGCAGAGGGGCAGGGAGCCUCUAGGGCCUCUUUAGUAAAGAUACUAGUCCUACUCAUGAGAACUUUGCCUUUAUGACUUUGUCAUCUCUCCAAGUCCAGCCUCUUCUUUGCACACUGGGUAUAGGACUUCCAUGUGGAGAACUUAGAGAGACCCCAACAUUCAGACCUCAGAAUGUCUCCUGUGACUCUCUCCUGGUAAGCCAUCAAAUUUGAAGAUGGAAAGUGGGCUGGUUUUAUUCAGCACGGUAUCUUCAGAUGCCAAAGCUGCGCCUUGCAGACUGCAGGGGAUCUCAUCAGCAAUGGUUGCUGGACAAGUAGACAGACCAAGAGUCAGUUCACAGGUGAGGUCUGCACUGGUCAGCCUUGAAUAGCUGUGGGUGGACUUGGAAGGGUCAAUCAGUAAAGAUCAAUAUCCAUUCCCUGACCAUCCAGAGAAGAGCCAGUCACACCAGCCAGCCUAGUGUUCCUACAUACUCUAAACCAUGUAUAUGUUCAGCACAGUUGACAAGUGACUUAAUCGGGUUUCUAUUGCUAUGAGAAAACAUCACGAGCAAAAGCAACUUGUGGCAAAAGGGGUGAGUUCAGCUUGCAUGCCCCACUCACAGUCUACCAUGAAGGGAAGUCAGAGCAGGAACUAAAGACAGGAAUCUGGAGGCAGAAACUGAAGCAGAGACCAUGGAGGGGUGAUGCUUACCGACUUCCUCUUCAUGUUUUUCUCAGCCUACUCUCUUGUAUCAUCUGGUAUUACCUGCCCAGGGAUGGCAACACCCAGAGUGACCUGGGCCCUCUCACGUCAAUCACUAAUUUUUAAAAAACUGCACUACAGACUUGCUCAGAGGCCAGUCUAGUGGGCUUUUUUCCUUAACUGAAGUUUCCUCUUCCAAAAUGUGUUAAGCUGACAUAGCACUAGCCACAUCAACAUCCCAGGUUCCCAGGUUUGCCCCUGGCUUCUCUUUGAUGUUGGUAGAAUUUGUAGAUAUGAAGCCUUCAGAAACAGAUGGCCAACUGUAUACACGAAAAAGAGGAGACUCUUGGGCACUGGGAAUAAAUUAUUAACAUCAACAUAUGGAGCAUCCAAGUGACUGCUGAGGAAGAACAAGUCGGAGACUGCAGUCUCCACACGUCAUGUAUACAUCAGAGGCAGCAAGCACGGCGUCUAUCUGGACCCGGAUGGACUUUUAAACAGAUCAACAGGGAGGAAACUUUUGAAAAAGAAAUCCAGCCUGAUACAAAGUUUGACAGUGAGAAAAAACAUGGGGAGGGGAACUUGCGGGUGUUUAUGUGUUAUACAUAGGGACUGAGAAAAACAUCAAAAACAAAGAAAGUCAGAUGGAUGAGACCCAUCCCAGUGCCUGUCACAUAGCAAAUUAUUGGCAUCGUCAUUGUUAUUCCCAUUGUUAAAACGUGGUUCAGAGGUUUAUCUAAAUAAACUUGGCUCUCUUCUUGCUUUCUA